GGCACUGCGCUGCGGGAGCCAGGCACGCGUGUCGGCGUGGGCCGAGCGGCGGGCAGCGAGCGAUGGCUUCCAUGGGGCUGCAGGUGCUGGGCAUUGCCCUCUCCGUCAUAGGCUGGCUGGGCACCAUCCUGUGCUGCGCGCUGCCCAUGUGGCGGGUGACGGCCUUCAUCGGCAACAACAUCGUGGUGGCCCAGAUCAUCUGGGAAGGGCUGUGGAUGAACUGCGUGGUGCAGAGCACGGGGCAGAUGCAGUGCAGGGUGUACGACUCCAUGCUGGCGCUGCCCCAGGACCUGCAGGCCGCCCGCGCCCUUGUGGUCAUCGCCAUCGUGCUGGCCGUGCUGGGCACCCUGCUCGCCAUCGCCGGAGGGAAGUGCACCAACUGCGUGGAGGACAACACCGCCAAGGCCCGGGUCAUGGUCCUCUCUGGUAUCAUCUUCAUCACUGCUGGCAUCAUGAUCCUCAUCCCCAUCUGCUGGUCAGCCAACACCAUCAUCCGGGACUUCUACAACCCGCUGGUUGCAGAGGCCCAGAAGCGGGACCUGGGGUCCUCCCUGUACGUCGGCUGGGCAGCCUCUGCCCUGCUCCUCCUUGGCGGCGGGAUCCUCUGCUGCACCUGCCCCCGGCGGAGCGAGAAACCCUACUCUGCCAAGUACGCGGCGUCUCGCUCGGUGCCAGCCAGCAACUACGUGUAGGAACUGCUCCGCGCGCCGCAGGGCUGCUCGCCCCGGCCGCCCGGCAGCUUGGCACGUAACCCGGACGCCUCUCUCCCGUGCAGACCCCCGCGACCAGGCUCCCGCUGCCCUGCUCGAGCCGCGGCACCUGGCUGACUGCUCUGCACCCCCCCGCCCCGGGAUGCACCCACUGGGGAGCUCUCGGCAGCUCCCGCGCUGCAGGGCAGCUGGGGGCUGGCGUUGCUCCCCGCGGCCAGGCCGGGGCGGGGGGGUGGGAGCCAGGACCAGCAAGAGCUGUGGGGCCGGGUGGUCCCCAGCGCUUAGCAUCCUGCACUGCAGCUCCUUUUGCUGGAGCAGAGGGAGACCUUCAAGGUCCUGAGGCGAGCCCAGCCUGGCCUGCUGACCCUCCUCGCCGGGGGGUUUGAGGCUGCCCUGGGCCUGUGCCGCGCUGCUCGUGCAGCACCCGGGGACGUGGCGCUGGCGGGACGGGCAGGAAAGGGUGCUGGGGCGGCGCGGGGGGGCAGGCAGAGCAGACAGACCUGCCUUUGUUCGCCUGCAGAUUGAAGCUGGAUCUUUAAUCUCGGCUGAGACAGAGAACAGAGAGAUCCUGUCCUGGCUGCCCUCCCCCUGCAACCUGCCGGACGAGGGGCCCCGGCCGCCUGGGCUGGCGGCCCCCUCCCUGCCGCCGGCAUGCCUUGUCCCGAGCUGCCGUCUCCGGGAGGGGAAACCCAGGCGCGUCCCCGCGACAGCACCAUCUUUGGUAAAAGCCGAGGGCUCUGCCGCCCGGUAUCGAGGUGUGCCGUGCUGUGUCACGGCUCCGAGCGCUCCCGGCCGCCUGUCCCUGGUGUGCACGUGGGUGGCACGGGACGCCGCGUCUCCGCGUCCGCUGGCUGGUUUGCCCAAGCCCUGCUGCAGAGGCGGCUCUGCUGGGUAAACCAACCCUCAACGCCGCGAGCGUGUGUCCGUAGGAACAGGCGGUGGGGACAGCACAGGGGAGCGAUGGGGACAGCAAAUUUUUCCCGCGUGGCUCAGCCUCACGUUGCCCCAGGGCACACGGUGGCUUGGGGACCCCCGGCACGCUCCCAUCCCCCCUCUACCCUGAGUUUUUACUUUGACCUACUUUUGGGGCUUUUAUUUGUGUAGCUGUACGUAUUUAUUACUCCUCUCGGCAGCUCCCCGGGGCGGGGUAUCAUUAACCCGGGAGUGGGAAGACAGUGGCUUGGCUGGGAGAACUGGUUGGGGAGGCAGGAGCAGAGCCGGGCAGGGGCUGCACAGAGGCGUUUUCGUUGGUGGCCCUGGCACACAGGGACCGAUUCCUGGGAUCUGGCCUUGCGGCAUGGGGCACCCCUGUGACCCCCUUGGCCCCUUUUGGCCAGUGGCAGAGUUGCCCAUGGGCACCCCGGGCUGGAGGCACCUCCCCGAGCAGCCAGCGGGGGUGCGGGGUGCCCAGGCCAGCCCUUUCCUGGCCAGCGGGCAUUAAAUCCAGGCAGGACAGGGUGACUCGCAUCGCCAUCUGUGCCCGCCAGCUGUGGUAACAUCUGCCCGCCGCGGCACAGACAUCCCACAUUAAAUGGUAGCUGCUCAGA